AUGGUCAUCCUGAAUGUCCUGCUUUUCAUGUCUGCCUGCGCUCCUUCCAACGUGUGCUGUCCCCCCUGCCAUGGCGGCCUUGCAUUCAUGGGCCUCGUUUUGGGGCAUGGGGCAUGGGCCACACAGAUGGUGCCAUGGGUGGACGUCACAGUGGAGGGCAUACACCUGACGCUGCACGGCCGCCCACACGCGCUCAAUGCCGUGGUGCUCACAUCCGUGGCGGCCUCCUCCUUCAACUCGCACCUCGCCCUCUGGGAGCCGCUGCUCGAGCCCUUCGACUCCAUCUUCAAGUACCCCCCCACCCGCCCCCCCACUGCCACCGCUCCUCUUCUGCUGCUCAACUUGCCACCAAUCUUGCUGCGUUGUCUUCCUUCUUGCCGCAUUUGUUUGCCAUGCCUUUUCUUAGCCACCGCAUGCAGCAUGCCUGUCAAGUGGGAGGGCGAGGGCAGCGAGGAGGCGGGGGCGGCGGGCAGUGUGCAGAUGCGGGUGACAGCGACGAGUGUGGUGAACGUGAACGUGACGGCCACCAGUGUGGACGCCCUCACUGCCGCCACUCAUGGGUGGAGCAAGCUCGUGCAGCACGAGGCUGACGCCAGGCGCGCCCUGCUGCAGGGAGCAUCACCAGCAGCAGCAUCACCAGCAGCAGCAGCGGCAGCAGAAGGGGAAGGAGGGGGGAAGGAGGGAGGGGAGGAGGGGGGAGUGGCGGUGGACAGGGAGGACGCCCUGCGAGUGCUUGUGGACAACCGCCUGGGCGCCCCUCUCUACGCGCGCUCCGCCAAGGACGCCUUCGCCCACCUCUACACGCUGCCGCCCGCCCACACGUCGUCCGUGCCGCUGCCGCCCUUCCAGUUCCCCGACAUGCUGCGCCCCUCCGCUGUUGCUGGUGUGGGCGGCAAGCGCCGGCACAGCACGCGGCGCUUCAUGGCUCUGCGCCUCAUUGAGGGGCUGGUGAGGCACACUGGGAGGCGGGCUAGAGGGGCUGGUGGGGCUGGUGAGGCGUAUGGGAGGGACCUACCGGGCAGCGAGUUGAACGGGGAGGACUUCAUCUGCAAGCUGCGCGUGGCGCAGGCGGGCGCCCAGCCGCUGGCCAAGGGGCAGCAGCUGCCGCAGACUGCCCGCUCGCGCGCCAUCCGCCCCGCAGGGGGGCUGGCAUGCCCGCAUGCGCGCGAGGGCAUGGGGUGUGCCAUGCCACGAGGAGGGGCGCAGGGCGGAGCGGGAGAAGGGGGCGAGGGCGGGAGAGCAAAGCUGUGGCGAGUGCAGUGGAACGAGGUGUUUGUGUUUGAAGUGCCGGCCCAGCAGAAGGAGUCGCGGCUGGAGGUGGUGGUGAGCAACCAGGCGGCCAACGCAGGGCGAGGGGCCACGGUGGGCACGGCAGCUGUGCCCAUGACUGCUGCCGCCGCGCCCACCCUCUCCGACUGGGCUGCCGUCACCGACGCCCUCGGCAUCGGCGGUCUCCACCCCGCCUCCCAAGCCACUCAGCACACCCUGGUGCUGCACCCGCCCAAGAGGAAGCAGCAGCAGCAGCAACAACAACAACAACAACAGCAGCAGGCCUCGCCUCGCCUGCGCAUUGCAGCGGUCUUCUUCACCGUGGGCCCCAGCGGCCAUCUGCUGGCCCACCAGCAGCAGCAAGAGAAGGCGUUGGCAGAGGCCGGCCAGGAGCAGCCGGACUGUCUGAUCCAGCUGGCGUGCCGCCCGGAUGGCGAGUGGUGUUGGGUGCGCUCCAUGGCCGGCAUCAUGACCCUGGCGCUCGCACUGGAGGGACGGCCUGUGGCAGCGGAGCUGGGGGUGCGGGGGGGCCUCAAGUGCGUGACGCUGCGCUCGCUGGUGCUGCUGCGCAACGCCACGGACGCGCCCGUGGACGUGUGUGUAUGCCCCUUCGUGCUGCUCGACUUUGCAGACGAGGAUGCGGAGGAGGAGGUGGAGGAGGAGAUGUAUGAGAACCAGCGGUACCAGCCCAUGCUGGGGUGGGGCUCGCUGUGGCCCGGCCACUUCAUGCCCGGCGACCCGGCGCGCUUCUCAGCGCUGGACCUCUCCCACGCGUGCCAGGACCUGCCCGAGGCGUGUCCGCGCGGGUGGGCGUGGGUGGGAGCGUGGCACCGCGACCAGGCAGCACCCGGCGACAUGGAGGGGUGGCUGUACGCGCCCGACUUCCGCUCGCUGGCGUCACCCGACGCGCUGGCGAACGUGGCGCACAGCAAGGGCCCCUUUGACUUUGUGCGCCGCCGCCGCUUCACGCGCACGCGGCGCCGCCUGCCCCGCCCGUCGGGUGCGCCCAAGGAGCACGUGCGCACGGCCCUGGGGACGCUGGCUCCCGGUGACUCCCUCUCGCUGCCCUGGGGCUGCCUCUCCCCCGGCUCCGACUGGUGCCUGCAGGUUCGGCCCAAGGCUGCUGCAGGCUCGGCAGGCAGCAGCAAAGGGAGUGAGAAGUACGGGUGGAGCCGGCUGGUGCCUGGGGCGUCGGGCAGCGGUGGGGAGGGCAGUGCGGGGGCGGGCAGCAGGGCGGAGGCAGCGCGGCGGCAGCAGCUGGCGACAGCGUUUGUGCUGCCGGACCUAAUGCGGGCGGCGUCGUGGGAGAAGGGCGGCAAGCGCGAGGAGCUGCUGCAGUGCCGCGGCACGCGCGGGUGCUGGUGGUUCUGCCUGGAGGCGGAUGGGGUGAAGCUGCAGGGCGGGGAGGGCAUGGGGGCGGCGGGGGUGGUGGACUGGCGGGUGACGCUGCGGGCGCCACUGCAGCUGGAGAACCGGCUUCCAUGCAGCGCGGAGUACUUCGUGUGGGAGAAGCCCAGCAGCAGCGCGGCCCAGGGGGCGGGCAGCAUGGUGGGCGCGUCGCGGUCGGUGGCUCGGCAACAUGGCGUGGUGGGGCCAGGCGAGGCGGUGCAUGCGUACAGCAUUGACAUCCGCUGCCCCGUGCUGCUCUCCUGGCUGCCUCAGGGUGGCUGGAAGCAGGAAAAGGAUGCGGUGCUGCUGUGGGACCCGCUCACCCACGAGGUGCCGGGUGGCUUCUGGAUGACCAACGUGCAGAACAAGCGGCGCCUGCAUGUGAAUCUGGAGGUGAGUGGCGGGGCAUCAGAGGCAUCAGCGCGGGUGGUGCGGGUGUUUGUGCCCUUCUGGCUCGCCAACCACUCCUCCAUGCCCCUCGCCUGCCGCAUCGUCGAGAUCGAGCCGCCCCCGGGCGCCACAGCAGCAGCGGCGGCAGCAGCGGAGUCGCUGUGGCAGAUGCCCACGCGCUCCCUCUCCUCGCGCGCGCUCAGCCUCUCCGCCUCCGCCAGCACGCGCCAGGCCGUGGCGGCGGCGGCGGCAGCGCCGGGGGUGGGGGCGGUGGGGGCGAGCAAGGUGGUGCGCAGCCUGGAGGACAUCGAGGAGGCCCCGCAGCAGCAGGCCGUCAUGCUCUCACUGCCCUCCGUGGCCAACGUGGGACUCGCUGUGGCGCUCUCCAAGGGGGGCGUCUUCAGCUCCGCCAUCCCCCUCACCGCCUUCCAGGACAAGAUGGAGCGGGCGGACCUCAAGGCGGUGGACGCAGCAGGCAGUUAUCUGCGCCUCUCGCUGUCCCUCGACAUGUCCUCGCUGCGCUACGAAGGCACCAAGGUGAUCCGCCUGCAGCCGCACACGGUGUUCUCCAACCACACCGGGCGGCCGCUGCACAUCAGGCAGGCGGACGGCAACAUCGUCCGACACCUGGCGCCUGCUGAUUCGAUGAAGCCCAUCGUGUGGGAGUCCAUCUGGCUGGCUGAACACUUGCAGGUGGGUGCCAUGGUGGCAGGUGGGUGCCAUGGUGGCAGGUGGGUGCCAUGGUGGCAGGUGGGUGCCAUGGUGGCAGGUGGGUGCCAUGGUGGCAGGUGGGUGCCAUGGUGGCAGGUGGGUGCCAUGGUGGCAGGUGGGUGCCACGUGGGCGGUGGGUGUUGCGUGGGCAGUGAGUGCAGGUUGGGUGAUGCACAGCACAGCUGUUAG